ACUGCAUGCGAGCCGAGUCAGACGAGACUACUCGGUCAGUCGGGUACCGGUUGCUGAGUGAUGUCGUUAUGUGACGCUAUUCAGGUUAUUGCUCAAUGAAAACUUUCAAUAAGCAGUGUUAGUGUUGCUAAAAUCUCGCUCAUAAUGUACAUAUCACGGCAAGGUAGAUCAUGGAUGAUGUUAAUCAUUCUUUUUGGCGUGGAGUUGUGUGCAGUGGCGGCUGCAGACGCCGAUGGUCAAUGCGAUGGUGACGGCUGUGAAGAACGGCACAACGCCUGGACAAGUCAGGGAGAAUGUCUGCAGGAGCGGAUGGGGUGGGACAGUUUCGUGUGCGUAUGCACCGCCUCGGUCUGCGACAUGCCAGGCAGCAUCCCGCACCCCCAGCAGACAGACGUGUACACGGUGGUCACGUCAGACAGACAACACCAUCGGUUCCACGUCACGCACGGAACCAUGUCUACUGCACCUACAGGAGGCGGCCACGUCGUGCACCUCAACACGCGCAUCGCCUACCAACAAAUGCUGGGCUUCGGUGGCUCUGUCACCGACGCCUCCGGCAUCGUUUUUUUCGGCCUCAGCGAAGCCGUCCAGGAUCUUCUGAUCAGGUCCUACUUCGGUGCGGACGGCAUCGCCUACAACAUCGUCCGCACGCCUAUCGGCGGGUCGGACUUCUCAAAGCGUCCGUAUUCUUACGACGACCGCCCCGGCGACGUCGCGCUCGCCCACUUCGCCCUCGCACAGGAGGACCUCAUGUACAAGGUGCCGCUCCUGAAGCGGGCGCAGACGCUGGCCAAAGAGACCAGCGAGCUGAAGAUCUUCGCAUCGCCCUGGUCGCCCCCUGCCUGGAUGAAGAACAACGGCCGCUUCAACGGCUCCGGCUCCCUCAUUCCGGCCAUGCGGCAGCCGUACGCCGAUUACAUAGUCAAGUUUCUGGACGAGUACUCCAGCCGUGGGCUGCGGAUGUGGGGCAUCACAACGCAGAAUGAACCGCUAGCUGGCUUACAGUUCGACGUGGCGUUCAACGCAAUGGUGUUCACGGCGGAAGACAUGCGCGCGUGGCUGGUGGAGAACCUGCUGCCCGCGCUGACCGCAGGAGGGCAUGACGACCUCGAGCUCAUCAUCUCUGACCAGGGCAGGGACCAUCUGCCUCACUACCCUGCCCAGAUUCUGGCACACGAUGAGCUGAGCCGCCGGGUAUCAGGCAUCGGCAUUCACUGGUACCAGGACACGCCUGAAAACCUGCACCACUUGACGGAGACCCGCGCCGUCCUGCCAGACUACUUCACCCUACACACCGAGGCGUGCCUUGGCUACGACUCGCCUCCUACUGAGCGGGUCAAGCUCGGCGACUGGGGACGAGCCGAGCGCUACGCCAGCAGCAUUAUUGAGACGAGCAACCGCGGCACCAGCGGCUGGGUGGACUGGAACCUGGCGUUGGACCUCCAGGGCGGCCCUAACUGGGCCAGCAACUUCGUGGACUCCCCCAUUAUUGUGGACACAGAGCACGACAAGUUCUACAGGCAGCCCAUGUACUACGCGCUGGGACACUUCAGCAAGUUCGUCGCGAGGGGCGCGCGCGCCGUGUACAUGUCGCUGCUGCAUGCGCCGCUACCUGGCGUCGCAGCGUCUGCAUUCCUGAACCCGGACGGCGGGGUGGUGGUCGUGCUGCUCAACAGUGAGGAAACAGAGACGACCGUGAGCCUCCAGCCUCGAAUGUCCCAAGAGAAAUACAUAAACAUCGUCCUGCCUGCCAAGUCCAUUCAGACUGUCUUGUUCCGUGCAACUUGACGACUUGAUGACGUGACUUGAUGACGUGACUUGAUGACGUGAUUUGAUGACGUGACUU